AUGAUGCAGCCCGUGGCGCCGUACGCCGUGCCCCGCGACGGGCACACGCUGCACGACCUCCCUGGGGACCCCAGUUUCCGGAUCUACCUCCCCGAGGUCAACGGCCGCGGCCGCAAGGGCGGGCGCCUCCCCGUCAUCGUACACCUCCACGGCGGCGGCUUCUGCUUAAUCUCCCACCCGUCCUGGGUGAUUACCCGCCGUGGUCGUCUCUGUCGAGCUCCCGCUCGCGCCCGAGCGCCGCCUGCCUGCGCACAUCGACACGGGCGUCGCCGCUUGUCGGAGGACGGAGCUCUUGCUGACAAGGCAGAUAAGCUCCUCCGUGAAGCCGCUGACGUCUCCCGGGUGUUCCUCGUCGGCGACAGCUCUGGCGCUAACAUCAGCCACUUUGCCGCCGCGCGUGUGGGCCAGGACGGCGCUGGCAUCUGGGCGCCCCUGUGCGUCGCCGGUUGCGUUCUGAUCCAGCCAGGAUUCAUGCGCGCAACAAGGAGCCGAUCGGAGCUGGAGGUGGGAGACUCGGUGUUCUUCACGCUGGACAUGCUGGACAAGUGCAACGCCAUGGCGCUGCCGGUUGGCGCCACCAAGGAGCACCCUUUCACGUGCCCCAUGGGUCCGCAGGGGCCGCCCCUGGAGUCCGUGCCGCUCCCGCCGAUGCUGGUGGCCGUCGCCGAGAACGACCUCGUCCGCGAUACGAACCUCGAGUACCGCGACGCGCUGCGUGCCGCCGGUAAGGAGGCGGAGGUGCUGCUCAACCGUGGCAUGGGCCAUGCAUUCUACCUCAACAAGUUCGCCGUUGACAUGGGCCCCAGCACAGGAGAGCGGACGCAGAAGCUGAUUGACGCCAUCGUGAGCUUCAUCGCUUUCCACUGA